AUGCUGCCAAUUGAAUCGAAUCUCGAUUUGGAAGGGUUUAGUGAAGAGGAUUUCCUAAAGAAAGUCACUGUCGAAAAAGAAGAUGAACGGAGUCAAUUGUUUCACAUUCGAUCCCUGGAACAGAGUGAUACCGGGACAUACUCGUGUUUGGACGACAAAAACGACACUGAUUUUCUCUAUGUUUUUGUGGAAGGUUUAUAUGAAUUUCUAAAACCCAAAACCUAUACACUGGAUGUCACCUCAUCGAAAUUUCUUCUUCCGUGUCGAAAUGCGCAAAUCGGUUUUGAGCCAGUUUGGCCCUCUUUGUUUGUUGACGGAGAGGAAUGGCUGAAAGAUCGUAAAGAGCGAGAUGCUGUGACCUUUGACUCAGGAUACGGCUUCGAAAUAGAUUUGGUGAAACUGAACAGGAGUUUACCGAUGGGUAGUGGCCGGUUCCGCUGUGUGGCUUCCAAGGGCGAUGAAGUCGAGUGGUUCGUGCGGUUUGCUUCAAUGCCCGUGGACUCUGUGUCAAUGACAAUCCCAGACUGGUUUACUUUUGGAAAUGUCACUGUUCAAUGUGAUCUGCGAUUGGACAAUACUACGAGCCAAUUUGAAAAUCAAUUACAAAUGCAGUGUCCUCGAUGCGGGGAAAAAUAUGGACCAAAGAUUCAAAAAGAUGUGCGAAUUCAUGGGAAUUCGACGCUCUUCUCAUUAAGUGUGAUAUUUGAGGAGGUUAAAUCCGACGAUUAUGGUCGGUACACAUGUUCUUGGCCUCAAAAAGUGGUCAACAAAUGGGAUGCAAAGACUCAUCAAUCGUCUCCAUUCCGAAUCUUUUCCCCAUUAUCCAGAAUGCACUUUGCCCCACACGCCGAAGUGUUGACUGUUUUUCAAGGAGAGCCCAUCAGAAUAAAAGCAACGAUCCUCCCGAUAGCAGCCGAUUUUGUAAACUACACCUGUACAUGGCGGUACACAAGAUAUGUCGAUGUUGGAAGACAAAAGGUUUCCUCUUCGUACGGACCGGCAAUGGUGGCCUGUGGCGAGAGACCAUAUCUGAAGGUUGAUGAAAAUGGCAGAGUGGAAAGUUACACCGAAGAGCUCUUCAUACCGAGUCACAAACUAGCUCCUGGUGGAACCUAUCGUAUGAUCGAAAUGUCAGCUGGGCAGAAUUUGAGUCUUCGAUGCCAGAGCACAACUGCUAAUACACUUCGAUGGAUGAUGCCAAUUGAAUCGAAUCUCGAUUUGGAAGGGUUUAGUGAAGAGGAUUUCCAAAAGAGAGUCACUGUCGAAAACGAAGAUGAACGGAGUCAAUUGUUUCACAUUCGAUCCCUGAAACAGAGUGACACCGGGACAUACUCGUGUUUGGACGACAAAAACCACAUUGAUUUUCGCUAUGUUUUUGUGGAAGGUUUAUAUGAUUUUCUAAAACCCAAAACCUAUACACUCGAUGUCACCACAUCAAAAUUUCUUCUUCCGUGUCGAUACGCGCAAAUCGGUUAUUUACCAGUUUGGCCCUCUUUGUUUGUGGACGGAGAGGAAUGGCUGAAAGAUCGUAAAGAGCGAGAUGCUGUGACGUUUGACUCACGAUACGGCUUUGAAAUAGAUUUGGUGAAACUCAACAGGAGUUUACCGAUGGGUAGUGGCCGGUUCCGCUGUGUGGCUUUAAAUGGCGAUAGGGUCGAGUGGUUCGUGCGGUUUCCUUCAAUGCCCGUGAACUCUGUGUCAAUAACGAUCCCACAACUAAAGGCUUUUGUUUUGGCGCUUCACAAACGAAAAAAUUUCACUGUUCAAUGUGAUCUGCGAUUGGACAAUACUACGAGCGAAUUUGAAAACCAAUUACAAGUGCAGUGUCCUCGAUGCAGGGAAGAAGAUGGACCAAAGAUUCAAAAAGAUGUGCGAAUUCAUGGGAAUUCGACGCUCUUCUCAUUAAGUGUCAUAUUUGAGGAGGUUAAACUGGACGAUUAUGGUCUAUACACAUGUUCUUGGCCUCAAAAAGUGGUCAACCAAUGGGAUGCAAAGACUCAGCAAAUGUCUCCAUUCCGAAUCUUUUCCCCAUUAUACAGAAUGCACUUUGCCCCACACCCCGAAGUGUUGACUGUUUUUCAAGGGGAGCCGAUCAGAAUAAAAGCAACGAUUCUCCCGAUAGCAGCCGAUUUUGUAAACUACACCUGUACAUGGUCGUACACAAGAUAUGUCGAUGUUGGAACACAAAAAGUUUUCUCUUCGUACGAAAAGGCAAGCGUGGACUGCGGCAACCGACCCUAUCUGAAGGUCGAUGAAGAUGGCAGAGUGGAAAGUUACACCGAAGAGCUCUUCAUACCGAGUCACAAACUAGCUGCUGGUGGAACCUAUGGAAUCGUAUUGUCUGUCAUGGAAACGGAGGAUCAAUGGAUCAGGUGGAAAGUCAACGUCGACCCUCCAGUGAAAGAUUUUACUUUCAACGUACAAUCCUCCGCUCAUUUCGUUCAAUUCGAUAAAGUGUAUCACGUGAUUGGCGCAAAGAUUCGGCUUGGCUGUCAUUCGAGGCUUCACGUUGACGAGGACAAAAAACUUCACUUAUUUUAUCAACGAUCGAAUAAAAUGGUCUCAGCAACAAGUGUGACCGGAGCGAAGAAUGUUUAUUGGAACACGGCCGUUCACGAGGAUCUCAUUGUUGUUUGCCGCAAAGGCACGUUGUGGUCUGAUCCCAUGGGUAUCUUCCAUCAAGGUUCAUUUCAUCUCCGAGUCGCCGGUCAACGUCCAGCAGUUUGGAUGAAAAGGGAUCCAGAAAUUAGCGGCGAGGAUCCGAACAGAGUUUAUCGGGGCGAUGAUAUCACACUAUUUUGCCGAGUUCACAUGUUGGCUGAUAUUUCAAUGUUUUGGAUUUACAACAAGACAGUGCUAGAUGAAAGCAACAUUGUCCAAAGCAUUGACGGCGAUUCAGUGCUCUUAAAAAUGACAAUCAAGAAUAUUUCCACAAAUAACUCCGGUGACUACAUUUGCGUUGCAAGAAACACUGAAACCAGACAGGAGUUGAAUCAAACAAUCGGGCUGGAGAUUCAUGAAAUGAUAGCACCUGUAUUGCUCGACAAUGAAACAGAAAUAGUUCAUAUAAAAGCUGGAGAAAGCCAUCUAUUAGACUGCAAAAUGAGUGGAGAUCCGACUCCUUCCAUUUCAUGGUCAAAAAAUGGGAUUGCAAUGAAGGAUAGUGAAAGUCUUCUUGUAAAUGCUUCAAUUGUUCUUCCUAAAGUCGACACCGAUGAUAGUGGAGUCUAUGAAUGUGUUGGGAAGAAUCGAGUGGGAGAAGUGCGACGGAGUAUCUCUCUUGAGGUCAAAGAUGAUAAAAGAAGACGUCUAAUUCUUGCAUCCGUUGCUCUCUCCAUCAUCUUUCUCAUCUUGCUCGCAUGUGUGCUCAAUUUUGUUAUUUUGUGGAGAAGACAGAAAGCUCGAGCUCGAAAUCAAGAAAAUGCUUUCCGAGUGCUGCAUGAUGAUUUAAUAAACGGAGGAACCAUUCCAGCUCAAGAUCGAAACAAGCAGAUUCCCCUCGAUCAACAAAUCAAUCAAAUCGUUUACGAUCGUUCGAAGUUUGAGAUUUCGUGUGAUGAUCUUCAAAUUUCUGAUCAAAAAACGUUGGGAACCUCAAUCCGACAACACAUCAUCAACAUUCAAAUGUUGGCCGACGAGCUGAAGUUGAUGUCCUUAAUUCCACCGCAUCCGAAUGUGCUCACUCUGAUUGGAGCAGUCACCGAUCAUCUGACUAGUGGUCGUCUCUGUGUUGUCACGGAGCUAUGCGCCAAAGGGAGUCUCGAGAAAUUUCUGAAAAACCUCACACGCGACACAUUUUGUAAUGAAUUGAGAAAGGCUCAAAACAGUGAAGACAUGGAGCCGGAUCGCAAAAAUAGAGGAAACACAGUUGAAUUGUCAAUAAUUAGAAAAAUCUCUGUGGAUGUAGCUACUGACAGCUACAUUCCGUGGACUCAAGUUGAAAGUCAAGACGAAAAGCAUGAUGGACACGAGAAGACACCAAUUGUUCAGACAUUUCUAUGCUCGACAUCCGAUCUUUUAUCCUUUGCGAUGCAAAUCGCUAGCGGAAUGGAGUUUCUGAGUGAAAUCCCGUGCAUUCAUCGAGAUCUGGCCGCGAGAAAUAUAUUAAUCACAGAGAAAAACAUUUGUCGAAUCGCUGAUUUUGGAUUGGCAAGAAGUACUAACAAAUCUUAUUAUCGAAAAGACUUCGGGAAGCCUAAAAAUGAUCUUUUACCUUUGCAGUGGAUGAGCCCGGAAUCGAUGGAAAGUGGAUAUUACACACAAGCGUCUGAUGUUUGGUCGUACGGAAUCCUUUUGUACGAACUAUUCACCCUCGGCGAUCGUCCAUAUCCGGGAAUUCCGCUCGAGGAAAUUUAUCCGCGAACAAACGAGAGACCGUUGUUCAAGGAUUGUGUUCAAAAAAUGCGACAACAUCUCGAGAUGGUGUUGCCGGGAAAAGCCGAGGAAAUUGAGGGAAAUUAUCGUAUGAUCCAAAUGUCAGCUGGACAGAAUUUGAGUCUUCGAUGCCAGAGCACAACUGCUAAUAGACUUCAAUGGAUGCUGCCAAUUGAAUCGAAUCUCGAUUUGGAAGGGUUUAGUGAAGAGGAUUUCCUAAAGAGAGUCACUGUCGAAAAAGAAGAUGAACGGAGUCAAUUGUUUCACAUUCGAUCCCUGGAACAGAGUGAUACCGGGAAAUACUCGUGUUUGGACGAGAAGAACCACACUGAUUUUGUUUACGUUUUUGUGGAAGGUUUAUAUGAGUUUCUAAAACCCAAAACCUAUACACUCGAUGUCACCUCAUCAAAAUUUCUUCUUCCGUGUCGAUACGCGGAAAUCGGUCAUUGGCGAGAUUGGCCCUCUUUGUUUGUGGACGGAGAGGAAUGGCUGAUAGAUAGUGAAGCGCUAUAUGCUGUGACCUCUGACUUACGGUACGGCUUUGAAAUAGAUUUGGUGAAACUGAACAGGAGUUUACCGGGUAGUGGCCGGUUCCGCUGUGUGGCUUCCAAGGGCGAUGAAGUCGAGUGGUUCGUGCGGUUUGCUUCAAUGCCCUGCAUGUGUCCUCGAUGCAGGCAAAAAGAUGGACCAAAGAUCCAAAAAGAUGUGCAAAUUCAUGGGGAUUCGACGCUCUUCUCAUUGAGUGUGAUAUUUGAGGAGGUUGAACCCCGCCAUUUUGGUCUAUACACAUGUUCUUGGCCUCAAAAAGUGGUCAACAAAUGGGAUGCUAAGACUCAGCAAACGUCUCCAUUCCGAAUCUUUUUCGCAUUAUCCAGAAUGCACUUUGCUCCACACGCCGAAGAGUUGACUGUUUUUCAAGGAGAGCCCAUCAGAAUAAAAGCAACGAUUCUCCCGAUAGCAUCCGAUUUUGUAAAGUACACCUGUAAAUGGUCGUACAUGAGAUAUGUCGAUGUUGGAAGACAAAAAGUUUCCUCUCGGGAGGAAAUGGUGGACUGUGGCAAGAGACCAUAUCUGAAGGUCGAUGAAAAUGGCAGAGUGGAAAGUUACACCGAAGAGCUCUUCAUACCUAGUCACAAACUAGCUCCUGGUGAAACCUAUGAAAUCACAUUUAAUGUGUUCGAACAGCGCUAUCAAAUGAUUCAGUGGAAAGUCAAAGUCGACACUCCAGUGAAAGAUUUUACUUUCAACGUGCAAUCCUCGGAUCAUUUCGUUCAAUUCGAUAAAGUGUAUCACGUGAUUGGCGCAAAGAUUCGGCUUGGCUGUCAUUCGAGGCGUCAUGUUGACAAACUUCACUUAUUUUAUCAACGGUCGAAUAAAAUGGUCCCAGCAGCAAGUGUGACCGGAGCGAAUAAGGUUUUUUGGAACACGACCGUUCACGAGGAUCUCAUUGUUGUUUGCAGCAAAUUGUUGUCACUCUGGUUUACAUCUCGCACCUCCCUACAAGGUUCAUUUCAUCUCCGGGUCGCAGGUCAACGUCCAGCAGUUUGGAUCAAAAGAGAUCCAGAAAUUCGUGGCGAGGAUCCGAACAGAACUUAUCGGGGCGAUGAUAUCACACUAUUUUGCCGAAUUCACAUGGUGGCUGACAUCUCAAUGUUUUGGAUUCACAACCAGACAGUGCUAGAUGAAAGCAGCAUUGGGCAAAGCAUUGACGGGGAUUCAGUGCUCUUAAAAAUGACGCUCAAGAAUAUUUCCACAAAUAACUCUGGUGACUACAUUUGCGUCGCAAGAAACACUGAAACCGAACAGGAGUUUAAUCAAACAAUCGGGCUCGAGAUUCAUGAAAUGAUAGCACCCGUAUUGCUCGUCAAUGAAACAGAAAUAGUUCACAUAAAAGCUGGAGAAAGCCAGCUAUUAGACUGCAAAAUGAGUGGAGAUCCGACUCCGUUCAUUUCAUGGUCAAAGAAUGGGAUUGCAAUGAGGGAUAGUGAAAGUCUUCUUGUAAAUGCUUCAAUUGUUCUUCCUAAAGUCGACACCGAUGAUAGUGGAGUCUAUGAAUGUGUUGGGAAGAAUCGAGUGGGAGAAGUGCGACGGAGCAUCUCUCUGCAGGUCAAAGACGAUAAAAGAAGACGUCUAAUGGUUGCAUUCGUUGCUUUCUCCAUCAUCUUUAUCAUCUCGCUCGCGUGUGUACUCAAUUUUGUUAUUUUGUGGAGAAGACAGAAAGCUCGAGCUCGAAAUCAAGAAAAUGCUUUCCGAGUGCUGCAUGAUGAUUUAAUAAACGGAGGAACCAUUCCAGCUCAAGAUCGAAACAAGCAGAUUCCCCUCGAUCAACAAAUCAAUCAAAUCGUUUACGAUCGUUCGAAGUUGGAAAUUUCAUGUGAUGAUCUUCAAAUUUCUGAUCGAAAAACGUUGGGAAGUGGACAGUUCGGGAAAGUUUCAAUGGGGUUUUUGAAGAAACCGAAUCAAAUCAAUAAUUCCACUUCCGAAAGACCAACUUUAAAGGUCGCUGUUAAGGAACCAUUUCACGCAGCCUCAAUCCGACAACACAUCAUCAACAUUCAAAUGUUGGCCGACGAGCUGAAGUUGAUGUCCUUAAUUCCACCGCAUCCGAAUGUGCUCACUCUGAUUGGAGCAGUCACCGAUCAUCUGACUAGUGGUCGUCUCUGUGUUGUCACGGAGCUAUGCGCCAAUGGGAGUCUCGAGAAAUUUCUGAAAAACCUCACACGCGACACAUUUUGUAAUGAAUUGAGAAAGGCUCAAAACAGUGAAUACAUGAAGCCAGAUCGCAAAGAUAUAGGAAACACAGUUGAAUUGUCAAUAAUUAAAAAAAAGUCUGACAGCUACAUUCCGUGGACUCAAGUUGAAAGUCAAGACGAAAAGCAUGAUGGAGACGAGAAGACACCAAUUGUUCAGACAUUUCUAUGCUCGACAUCCGAUCUUUUAUCGUUUGCGAUGCAAAUCGCUAGCGGAAUGGAGUUUUUGAGUGAAAUCCCGUGCAUUCAUCGAGAUCUGGCCGCGAGAAAUAUAUUAAUCACAGAGAAAAACAUUUGUCGAAUCGCUGAUUUUGGAUUGGCAAGAAGUGCUAACAAUUCUUAUUAUCGAAAAGACUUCGAGAAGCAUAAAAAGGAUCUUUUACCUUUGCAGUGGAUGAGUCCGGAAUCGAUUGAGAGCGGAUAUUACACACAAGCGUCUGAUGUUUGGGCGUACGGAAUCCUCUUGUACGAACUAUUCACCCUUGGCAAUCGUCCAUAUCCGGGAAUUCCGCUCAAGGAAAUUUAUCUGCGAGUUCGAAAUGGAGAACGAAAUAAAAAGCCCGAGUUUGUACAUGAUGAUCUGUACAACUUUAUGCUUAAAUGCUGGAAUUCGAAGACACAAGAGAGACCGUUGUUCAAGGAUUGUGUUCAAAAAAUGCGAGAACAUCUCGAGAUGGUGUUGCCGGGAAAAGCCGAAGAAAUUGAGGGAAAGUUGGCGAGUGAAGUUGAUCGACUCAACUCGUAUUCUGAGUGGAGAAAUGGAAAUACAGAAAAUACAAAUUCAUCCACAUUGUGUGCAGAUGAGCGUGAAUUGAGUCCCACACAU